GCGGACGAGGAGGAGGAGGAGCCGUCGCAGGAUGAAGGAUCGGACUCAGGAGCUGCGGAGUGCGAAAGACAGUGAUGAUGAAGAGGAGGUGGUCCAUGUGGAUCGGGACCACUUCAUGGAUGAGUUCUUUGAACAGGUGGAAGAGAUCCGGGGCUGCAUUGAGAAGCUGUCAGAGGAUGUGGAGCAAGUGAAAAAACAGCAUAGUGCCAUCCUGGCUGCCCCCAACCCAGACGAGAAGACCAAACAGGAGCUGGAGGACCUCACUGCCGAUAUCAAGAAGACGGCCAACAAGGUUCGGUCCAAGUUGAAAGCAAUCGAGCAAAGCAUUGAACAAGAGGAGGGGCUGAACCGUUCCUCCGCGGACCUGCGCAUCCGCAAGACCCAGCACUCCACACUCUCCCGGAAGUUCGUGGAAGUAAUGACCGAGUAUAACGCGACCCAGUCCAAGUACCGGGACCGCUGCAAGGACCGGAUCCAGCGGCAGCUGGAGAUCACUGGAAGGACCACGACGAACGAAGAACUGGAAGACAUGCUGGAGAGCGGGAAGUUGGCCAUUUUCACCGAUGAUAUCAAAAUGGACUCACAGAUGACGAAGCAGGCACUGAAUGAGAUCGAGACGAGGCACAACGAGAUCAUCAAACUGGAAACAAGCAUCCGAGAGCUGCAUGACAUGUUUGUGGACAUGGCCAUGCUCGUGGAAAGCCAGGGUGAGAUGAUUGACCGCAUUGAAUACAACGUGGAACAUUCCGUGGACUAUGUGGAGCGAGCCGUGUCCGACACCAAGAAAGCUGUGAAAUAUCAGAAAUAG